AUGCAAACCUUUCUAAAUGGAUUGGGAAUUGGAGUUUCAUCAAAAUCGUUACAAUUACAUAAAGUAGCAUUAGAUAUAGUGGAAAUUGAUCCAGUAGUAUAUGAGUAUGCUAGAAAAUUUUUUGGAUUAAAACGUAAACACAAUAUUUAUAUUCAAGAUGGACGUGAAUUUAUUAAUAAUGCAAAUAGCCGAUAUUAUGAUUAUGUGUUGCAUGAUGUAUUUACUGGUGGUUCAGUUCCAUCUACACUAUUCUCAAUAGAAGCAUUAGGGCAAAUUAAAAGAAUUUUAAAGCAUGAUGGUGUGUUGGCUUUAAAUUUUGUUGGGUCUCAAAAAUGGCCACAUGUUAAAAGUUUAGUAUUAGUUGCAAAUACAAUUAAAGCAAUUUUCCCAUAUGUAAGGUGUUUCAGAGAAGGUUUACAAGAGGAUGGUUUUUUUCAGAAUAUGUUCAAACAAGCCACAAUACAGUUUUCUAUAACAUCAUUUAUUGCUUGA